GAGGUUAAAUCUGAGAUAUAAGUAUGUAUUUUUAGUUUAUAGUGAAGAGGAAGAAGAUUUGUUGUGACAAUUACUAAAAAAAUUAUGAGUCUUGGGCAUAAAACAUUAUGAAUAUAUAAGAAUAUUAUUAUAUAGGAAAAAUAUAUGUUUUAGUUUCUAUUUGAAUUCAAAGUAAGUGGCUGUUUGAUGUGCUGCUUGAUGUGUUGUUAGUUGAUAUAAGGGUUGGUGCAGCUGGUUAUAAAUUAAUUUAACUACAAAUCUUUUUGUUUGAAAAUUCAAUUUCCUGAAAAUUCCCCAGACACAUGGAGGAAAAGGCCGGGUCCCCUGAUCCCUGCUGCUGCUCAUGACCUAGAUACUGCAGAAGAGCGUGGAUACAGAAACUCAAUGAUAAGUAUUUUCACAUUUCACCUUCACACACACACACUAUAAGGAGAACAGAGGCAAAGCUGCGUCUUUCAUGGUGAACAAACUUCAUGGGACUCAUAAGUUUGUCAUCAACGGAGAGUCAGAGGUCAAAGUUCAUCCAGGUUACAUAAAACAUCUGGGCCUUUUGACAGAGAAAUAAAUCUGUAAGGACAAAUUAGACCAAUGCACAUACAAAAGGUGAAGUCAUGGACUGUUUGAGUCUCUUCUACCAGCAUCUGCUCACCACAGAUGUGCAAACAAAAAAAACAAACAAAACCCUUUUCUGUAUGCAGUUUCCAAAAGCAGCAGAGGUCCGUAAAGAAAAAUGAUCAACAAAUGUAAAAAGAUUUUUUUUGUUGUUGUUGUUCUUUGUUUUAAAUAACGCUCAAUUCAUUACAUGUUUAUUUUUUUUAUCUUUCAGUUUCCACAUUUUGUGCGCAGCUGGUCGUGCACUAACGACCAUCAUGUCCAGUUCUUGGCAAAACGGAGAGUUUCAGCACAAAAAAGAAUGAAGACAACACUAAACACGGAGCAUAUGUGAGAGAGAGUACGUCUGUGUGACUGUGACCAUGCGUCUGGUGAUCGUCGUCUUGUCUGCUCUACUUCCACUCUCACUCUGCGACGGACGGGACCCUUUCUCGUGGCUGUUCAGCCGACACAGUCAAGGAAACUAUUAUGGCUCCCUGCAGGCAGAUGCCCCAGCAGGGUGGUGUCCUGAAGUGUGUGACUGCCCCCCCACCUUCCCUGUUGCCAUGUAUUGUGAUGGGCGGGGCCUGACGGCCAUGCCAGAGGUCCCCUCCCAUGUCAAGUACCUGUACCUUCAAAACAAUGCCAUCACUGCUGUGCCGGAGUCUACCCUGGUCAAUGCCACCAAUCUGGUGUGGCUGAUGAUGCACCAUAACCAGCUGACGUCUGAAGGCAUUGGUGCCAAGGUAUUCCUGAAGCUGGAGCGUCUGGAGCGUUUAUAUCUGCAACACAACAACCUGAGCAGCAUUCCCUCCAACCUGCCACGUUCACUGCGCGACCUGAGAGUCAAUCAUAACAGGAUUGAAAAGGUAACACCAGCUGAUAUGGAGGGAAUGGACAACCUCACCAUCUUGUGUCUCCAUGAUAAUGCAGUCACAGAUAUGAGCAUGUCACUCAAAGCCUUGAAAUCUCUAACACUGCUGGACGUCCACGGGAACAAGCUGACAAAGGUCCCAGAGGGGCUUCCCGAACAUCUGCACCAGCUCUACUUGGAUUUUAACUCCAUUGACUCUGUCCCAGAAGGCUUUCUGGGCCAAUUCACGCAGCUGCAGUAUGUGAGAAUGUCUCAUAACCAGCUGACAGACAAAGGUAUUCCUGCCAACACCUUUAAUGUGACGGGGCUGGUGGAGCUGGACCUGAGCUUCAACAAACUGGAGAGAAUUCCAAUAGUCAGCAACACACUGCAACAUCUGUACCUGCAGGCAAACCAGAUAAAAGAGUUCACCCUUGGUAGUUUCUGCAGUUUUAUGAACGUCACCAGUUUCUCCAAACUGCUGACGCUGCGCCUGGACGGAAAUGAAAUAGCCCGCGAAGACAUCCCUACGGAGUCGUCCCAGUGCUUGAGGAUGGCUUCCACCAUUGAGAUUUAACCCAGUGUAGGGUAAAAUACUCAGAAAUGCACAAAUAACAUGUCAAGUUGAAGACAUGCAACACAAUAUAACAGAUUGCUUUUGUGAAACAAUUGUCUUUGGCUUUGCACAGAAACAAAAAAACUUUAUCCAAAUAUCCAAACAAGAGUUAAACGUGUAGAACAUAUACCCCAUUUAAUCAGACUACAGUGUAUUUGUAGGUUAAUAUCAAACGUCACAGUUUCUGUGACAACUACAACUUUGUACAUAGUUAAAAGUAGUGUUUCAUAUUGAAUUAGCUUUAGUGUCAUAUAUAAAUACAUCUUUAGUUAUUUGCAUUUAAUACGUCAGUACGUGUUUUUCUUGUACAAUAAGCAGGUACAGUGAACAGAGAGACACUGCCAUUUAUCUGUAAACCUGUUCACCUGUCAACUGAUGCUAAUGCUAAUCAAUAAAUGUCUGUCAAUUGCAUGAUUAUCAAACACAGAAAGGAUUUAAAGUGAUGUUUUGAUGUGAUUCAUACUGUUCUCACACUGCUGCAUAAUAGUGAAAACUUCACUCCGCAGCUAAACUAGUUCAGCUCCACUGCAAAGUAAUGCGCCCUCACUCCUAUUAACUAAUCCAGAUUAGAGAUGAGGUUCCCUGAUCGGGAAAACAAAAAAACUACUAUGCUAAUGAUGCUGAACUUUUUUAAAAUUAUGAGGCCUGGCUCAGUGUGUGCUAAAAUACAGCUGCGUGAAUUAUCUAGUGAUGAAAUGUGUGUGAGUUAGUUGUGAGUUUCUGUAAAUCCAACAACAAAGCACUGUUAGAUGGUAGUCCAUUAGUGUAAUAAAACUGCUGACUGGA